GAAGAACAAAUUAAAGGGACAAAACCCAUAUCUUUUCGAAGAUCACUAAACACACUUCACAUUUUUCGUAUCAAAUUCGGGUAUAUAUAUAUCAAUUACAACAUUUCAACCGUUGUAAAUUCUAGGUGGUACAACCAAAACUUUAUCACCGAUCACAAAACAUCAAGUAUGAUCUAAUAAUAUCUAAUACGGACGUGAGAGGGUUGUUAAUCCACAUGGUACAACCGUUAUUAAAACUCCUGUGGUAAUUUAUGGCCAUAAAACAGUUGAUAAUUACAUUUAGAAACCAAAUUCCAAAAAAGGCACUGUUUUAUUAAAAUUGAUAAAAACAAAAUUAAGGUGGGGGAAGAAAGAGAUAAUAUGACUACAAUAUGUUUAUUAAAGGGUGGACCCCUUUACAAAAAUAAAAAUCAGCAUCCUUAGUUAGCAAGAAGAGACAUACAACAAAAGAAGAAAAACAAUAAUAAUAUAAAAAAUUGAAGUGCAAGUAAUCUGGAGUUUGUGGGUUUUUGUUCUAUAAACAAAACAUGGGGUUUCCCCCCAUUCCCAAUUCCCAUUUGUAUAAUCCCAAAGUUCAAUCUCCCCUGUUUCUCUCUAUGCUCUCUCACCAGCAAUGCCUGCUAAACUAAGCAAUCUCUUCUCACUUUCUUCUAGUAAUAAUACUUGUAUUUUCUCCUGCACAUUCUUUCUUCUUUCUCUCAACUUCUUCCUUUUAUUCCAUUCUUGUCAUUCUAUUGAUGACCAAGGCCAAGCUCUUCUGUCAUGGAAGAACACCUUAAACUCCUCCUCAGACACUCUCAAGUCAUGGAUACCGUCCGACUCGAGCCCUUGCCGUUGGUUUGGGAUUCGUUGCAACGACAAGGGACAAGUUGUUCAGCUGAGCUUACAGUCAAUGGAUUUACAAGGUCCAUUGCCCUCAACUUUACAACCCCUCAAGUCUCUCAACACAAUUAUAUUGUCUUCCACAAAUCUCACAGGCGGAAUUCCGAAGGAGUUUGGUGAUUAUGAGGCCUUGACACUGAUUGAUGUCAGUGACAACGCCAUCACAGGAGAAAUCCCAGAUGAAAUCUGCAGGCUGCAGAGGUUGCAGACCCUUUCUGUUCAUACCAACCAGCUUACAGGCCCCAUUCCUUCAGACAUAGGCAACCUCUCGAGCCUUGUUUAUCUUACCAUCUACGACAAUCAGCUCAGCGGCGAAAUCCCACCAAGCAUCGGGAAGCUGCAGAAGCUGGAAGUGUUUCGAGGAGGUGGGAAUCAGAAUCUCAAGGGAGAACUACCAGCUGAGAUUGGGAGCUGCAGUAACUUGGUUAUGCUUGGGAUUGCUGAGACCAGCAUCUCUGGUAGCCUACCGAAAUCGAUAGGAAACCUUAAGAAAGUCCAGACAAUUGCAGUUUACACUUCUCUACUGUCUGGCCCAAUCCCAGAAGAGAUUGGGAACUGCACUGAAUUGCAGAACCUGUAUUUGUAUCAAAACUCAAUAUCAGGUUCAAUUCCAAAGAGAUUAGGGGAGCUGAAAAAGCUUCAAAAUCUGCUUCUAUGGCAGAACAGUAUUGUGGGUACUAUUCCUGAUGAACUUGGGAGCUGCUCAAAUCUGUCUGUCAUAGAUUUCUCUGAGAAUUUGCUCACAGGAAGCAUACCGAGAAGUUUCGGGAACCUCUCGGGUUUGCAAGAGCUUCAGCUGAGUGUGAACCAGCUAUCAGGAACCAUACCUCCGGAGCUCACUCGCUGUACUGGCCUCACUCACCUAGAAGUCGACAACAAUGCACUCUCAGGUGGCAUACCGGAAAGUAUUGGCGACUUGAAGAGCUUGACUCUGUUCUUCGCCUGGCAGAAUAAGCUCACGGGGAAAAUACCCACAAGCCUGGCUCAGUGCGAAGAGCUGCAAGCACUUGAUCUUUCUUACAAUAGUCUGAUUGGUCCAAUACCCAGAGAGAUCUUCGGGCUAAGAAAUCUCACCAAGUUGCUUCUACUUUCAAAUGAAUUGUCAGGAUUCAUACCACCUGAUAUAGGGAACUGUACAAAUUUGUACAGGUUCCGGGUAAAUGGUAAUAAACUGGGUGGUACUGUUCCAUCCGAAAUUGGGGAAUUGAAGAGCUUAAAUUUCCUCGAUUUAAGCAAGAAUCACUUCACUGGAAGUAUACCACCUUCUUUGUCAGGCUGCUCAAGCCUGGAAUUCUUUGACGUGCACUCGAAUGGGCUCACAGGCUCCUUGCCAGAAACAUUGCCAACAAGUCUACAGUUUGUAGACAUAUCAGACAACAGGCUCACAGGUACACUACCACCUUCUAUUGGCUCUAUGAAUGAGUUGACUAAGCUUAAUCUUGGUAACAACCAAAUCUCUGGUCGAAUUCCUGCUGAAAUUUUAUCCUGCAACAAAUUACAAUUGUUGGACCUUGGAAAUAAUGGGUUUUCAGGGGAAAUACCAAAUGAACUGGGUCAACUCCCAGCAUUGGAGAUCUCUUUAAACCUUAGCUAUAACCAAUUUUCAGGACAAAUUCCAACCCAAUUCUCUGGCCUAACUAAACUAGCAGUUCUUGACCUUUCUCACAACAAGAUCACUGGCAAAUUGGAUAUCCUAGCAAGUCUACAAAACCUUGUUUCCUUAAAUAUCUCCAACAACGAUUUCUCUGGGCAAUUACCCGACACCCCUUUCUUUCACAAACUCCCUCUCAGCAAUGUUGCUGGGAACAAGGCCCUUUACAUAUCUGACGGAAUAGAAAACAAAGCUGAUAAACAUGACCAGCAAGCUCGUUACACAAUGAAGUUAGCCUUGCCAAUCCUUGUUAGUAUAAGUGUGGUUCUGAUUUUACUAGGAAUCUAUAUGCAAGUCCGUGCUAGGUUAGCUGAUCAAAAUUCUCUUGAAGAUGACACUUGGGAAUUGACUCUCUACCAAAAGAUGGAGUUCUCAAUCGAAGAUGUCAUCAACAACUUGACUUCAGCUAAUGUAAUAGGAACAGGAAGUUCUGGAGUUGUGUACAAGGUAGCUAUGCCUAAUGGGGAGACACUCGCAGUUAAAAAGAUGUGGUCUACAGAUGAAAUAGGGGCAUUCAAGUCGGAAAUUCAGACCUUGGGCUCUAUACGCCACAAGAACAUAGUCCGGCUUUUAGGGUGGGGAUCUAACAGGAACUUGAAGUUCCUGUUCUAUGAUUACCUCCCAAACGGGAGCUUAAGCUCUCUCCUUCACGGUGUAGUGAAGGGUGGAGGAGCAGAAUGGGAGGCACGAUAUGACAUUGUUCUUGGGGUGGCUCAUGCACUUGCUUAUUUGCAUCAUGACUGUGUGCCAGCAAUCUUACAUGGGGAUGUCAAAGCCAUGAAUGCGUUGUUGGGUCCUAGAUUUGAGCCUUACCUUGCUGAUUUUGGGCUAGCCACACUUAUUGAUUAUUCAAGCAACGGAUGUUCCAAGAACAAUCAAAGAACACACCUUGCUGGUUCCUAUGGUUAUAUGGCACCUGAACUUGCAUCAGUGCAUCAAGUGACUGAGAAAAGUGAUGUCUACAGUUUUGGGGUGGUUUUACUUGAGGUUUUAACAGGAAAACAUCCACUGGACCCAACAUUGCCAGGGGGAGCCAAUUUAGUUCAAUGGGUCCGAGAUCACCUGCAAAAGAAAGGUGAUCCAGCCGACAUUCUUGAUGCCAAACUCAGAGGAAGAGCUGAUCCUCAGAUGCAUGAGGUGGUACAGACUUUGGCUGUUUCGUUUUUAUGUGUCAGUACUCGAGUUGAUGAUCGUCCUUCAAUGAAGGAUGUUGUAGCAAUGCUAAGGGAGAUUCGACAUGUUGAUAAUGCUAGGCCAGAGCCUGAUUUAGCCAAAGGGGCUGUGCAAGCUCUACCAACACCUUCUCCUAAACGAAAUGUGGUCAGCCAAGGGUCUUCUAACAACUCAUUUGCUUUCUCUGACGAUUCUUUGUGUUAACCAAGGUUCUAAUCCAAAGAUGAAGCCAUUGUUCUGUACAUUUCCCAGCUGAAGAAUUAAAUAGAGCAGAUAGAAGGGCAAAGACAGAGUUCUCCUUAAGGCUAAGAAUGUGAUAUCUUACACAAUACUAUUAUUAGGUGUUUGUAGAUUAUACUAAUAAUUAGCAGUAAUUUGUACCAUAAGUUUGUGACGUACGAGUAGUAUUAAACUGCUCGGCAAGAUUAAAUUGUUUCCGAUGUCUUAACAAUGUCUUAUGCUAUGUAGGAAUGUCACCUUAAGAGAAGGAAAUGGCUUAAAUUUCUAGUGAUGUAUAAACCAAGAAAUUAGCCAUGAUAGAAUAUCAAAGUUAAAUUAUGGAGGGAUAGGUUCAAUGAUUGGUGAGUUUGGAUUGUUGUUAAUUAGAAUUUAAUGCAAAAGAGAAUGAGAUUCCUUUGA